AUACACGAAUACACUGUCAAGCGUUAAUUACAUACCAAGACUCCUUGUAUUUGACUUCAAGUCUUCGCAAAAGCUUCCGUCCAUUUCAGUCCUCGAAAAAGCGAGGGGAGGAGAAGCUGCACUACACAGAGCCAAAGAUCAACCGACUCUCAACAAGCGCAUUUUUCCAAAUGAACGACUCCUGUAUACGAAAGAAACAAAAACGAUAGAAAGGAAACCCCAAAAAUCCCUUCAUCAUGGCCUCAUUAACGGACAACUCGACAACAAAAUCCCCAAGUACACUACGCUACAUACAAUACGACCCUUCCCGCGAAAUCGAAUACCUCACCGCAAUGCGCCAACUAAUAUCCAAAGACCUCUCGGAACCCUACAGCAUCUACGUAUACCGCUACUUUUUAUAUCAGUGGGGCGAUCUCUGUUUUCUGGCCAUGGACUCCAACGACAAACUUGUGGGCGUGGUAGUCUCAAAACUGGAACCUCAUCGAGGCGGGCCUUUGAGGGGUUAUAUUGCCAUGUUAGCGGUUAGGGAGGAGUAUCGAGGACAGGGGAUAGCGACGAGAUUGGUCCGGAUGGCGAUUGAUAAGAUGAUUGAGAGAAAUGCUGAUGAGGUCGCGCUGGAAACAGAGGUUGUGAAUACAGCUGCUAUGAAAUUAUAUGAACGGUUGGGUUUCCUUCGAAGCAAACGGCUGCAUCGAUAUUAUCUUAAUGGGAACUCGGCGUAUCGUCUUGUUUUAUAUCUGAAAGAAGGCGUGGGAUCAAUAGGGGCGAAUUAUGAUUAUCCGGUGCCUAUACCAGGGGCACCACCACAAACCACGACGCCGCAGAUUCCAGCUGGUGGUUCUGUUGUGUAG